AUGCUAGAAACGGCCAAGAUACUGUCGAAGCAGGGCGGCAAGAUCGAGCCUUUGAAAGGUGCUGGAGAGCUCGAAGUCGUUCCUCUCUGCCCGUAUCGCCUCUUCCUGCCUUGCGUGCGGCACCGCGAUCGGCGUCCCCGAAGCAAAGGCCGCGAAAACAUUACGUCCUGCAUAGCCCAACUGGGACGCAUCUGGGUAUUUACACCUCCCGGCUCGUGCGGCUCGCUCACGGCAGCACCCCGCAUAUGUGUCGUCGACCCUGCAGGACCGGCGGGUGUUGACGGCCGGGCUGCAGAGGUGGUCGUGACAGGUGGAAAGGUUGCUCUUCCACCAAGCACUUUGGUCCAGUUGGUGUUGCCUUCGACGUACUUCC